AUGAUUUAGAAUUAGCUUUUUAAAGUAAUUUCUAUACCUCUCUUCAAUGAUAAUUAUUCAUAUGCUCUUUUUUCAGCUAAGCAAUAUGCUGAGAAACAAACUGGAGUUAAAUCCAAAAUACCUUGUUAUCUUGUUGAUCCUGCUGACUCUUAAAAAAUAUUAUAAUUUUUAGACGUCUUUCCUGAUUUAUAAGUUUCUCGUAUACUUUAUACUCACAAGCAUUGGGAUCAUAUAGGAAAUCCAUAAUAAUUAUUAGAUUAGUUGAAACAAAAUGCUAGACUCAUGGAAGACUACAGAGUAAUAGCAUCAAAAUUAGAUGGAAGCCAUAUUCCUACUUUAACUCAUUCUGUUUUUGAUAAUCCAAACGAUAAAGAAACCAAAAACGAAACAAGUAUUGAAGGAGAAUUUUAAAUAGAUUUCUUAUAUGUUCCUUGUCAUACAACAGGCCAUGUUCUUUAUCAUUUUAAACCACAUAAUAAAACUAUUUCAACUGAGGAGUCUGUAAAUUUUGAAAGAUAAGAAGUUACAGGUUAUAAUUUAUAUUCUGUAGAUGAAUGUCUUUUUACUGGCGAUACACUUUUCAUUGGUGGUUGUGGAAGAUUCUUUGAAGGCAAUGCAGCAUAAAUGUUAUCAAAUAUGGAUAAAAUAUCCUCAAUACAAAAUAAAAAUAUAAAGAUCUUUUGUGGACACGAAUACACAAAAUCAAAUCUAGAAUGGUCUUCAUAAGUAGAAUAAAAUAAUGAAGUACUUAAAUAAUGGUAUCAGGAAGUAUUGUAAAUGACAUCUAGCGGUAUUUAGACUAUUCCAUCUACUCUUUAGAAAGAGCUCCAAACAAAUGUUUUUAUGAGAUGCCGUACUCAAAACCUUUAAGAAAUAUUCUAAAGAGAUCCUACUUAAAUAAUGGAAACCCUAAGAGCGAUGAAAAAUUCUAACAUUAUUGAUAUUCCCUAAAAUAUGAAUUUAUGA